CUGUAGAAGUAGGCGCGCGUGUUUUGGAAUAUCUGUUCCACAUCGAACACUAUUGAAUGUAGCUAUGUACGAUAUUAAACUCGCGAUAAAUAAGUUCGAUUUUGUGCGAUCUGUUGUGGACGUUUUUGAUUAUUGAAUAAGUGUGUGGUGUGUUGAAUCUAGGAUAUAACAAUGGCGGCAAAAUUAAAACGCUUCAGUCUUCAUCUUCGAACAUUUUUAAUGAUAAUUUGGGCAGCGCACGGAGGUAACGGUUAUAAUUGUCCCUACGGCCAGAACUGCGCUUUUGAACCCGCGCCCCCGGGAAGAUCACCACCAUGUGCUCAACCCGGCCUGACCUACUGCCUUCACCCUGAACCAUACCCUGAGCAAGUGAUCAGAAAGCUCGUGCAGGCUGGACAGUAUGACAUCAGCACUCUGUUGUCGGACGAGAGCCGAGACGAGUUCAACGCCAACAAGAAAGGCUCCUACCCAUACGGCUACGGUCCCAACUCUCUCCCCCACGUCGACCAGAUAUCCCUGGUCGAUGACACGCUCGACUAUCACAAGAACUACAACACUAAGUUUCAUGCAAGAUUUAAUCAUGACAUAUAUUCAGAGAAGACUCCUCUACAGCCUCCGUCCCCAAUCGAACCAAGCCCAUACAACAUAAAGGCUUACCAAGCGGCCAACUAUUCUAAGUUCGGGUUCCAAGGGUACCACCACAGUUCCCCGAACUAUUGGAACCCCAGUUACGACAAGGCGUUGAGCUCAAAUAGCGUCACGCCUAAUCUGGGGAUUUACAACCCAAAUUACUUUAACACUCCCAACUUCUACCCGAACUACGACUCUGAUUGGUUUAGACAGGCGUCUAGUGGCGUAACACAUUAUAACCCAAACGAAUGGUGGAAAUACAUCUCUCCAUCCAACUCUCACUCGGACGUGACGAUAGAGAGAUCGGUAUCGUUUCCCCCGCGGACCCUGACUCAUGGAAGACGACGGAGGAACGCUGAGCUCGUCGAGGCGGCUGCAGCAGCUAAGGGAACCCUCACCGGCGCUGAAGCACUCAGGAUAGCUUUGGGUCUUGCCAGUGAAGACCCGUCAGCGGAGCGGUCGCGACGUCAGACCGCCAACAACCUGGAGCUGUGCCGCGUACGAACCCAGUUCAUAACGCCCCGAGCCGCGCUCAAUAACAAGGGGAAUUGGCGAUACGUCGUCAAUAUGCCCGAUAACAUGACACAGCUUGUUCGCGCCGAAAUCUGCGCCUCAAAUGAAUGCAGCGGACUAUGUACAUUACCUCGUGGGUACACAUCACGUUGCGAACAAAAAUACAUACAAAAAAGAUUAGUGGCGCUUGAAUCUACCGGCAGUAAUUUGUACACAGAUGUAUUUUGGAUUCCGAGCUGUUGUCAGUGUACACUAACUAAUAAUAAUUAAAAUAAUGUUGUCGGCCUGAACUCAUGUGAUGUACUUAUAAGUAAACAGCAAUUUUGCAUGAAUGUUUAGAGUUUUUGCUACUCGACGCUAGAUGGCGAUCUUAUGUUUGAAAGCUCUCUUCGGUUUGUUGGAUAAUAACAAGAUUUUGUACGGUUCCUUGAUUUAUUUGUACUUUUAAUGUUAAAAUAGUUAAGUGUAUGAACGCAUGAGAUGUUUCUGGGUAUAAAACAAGUAUUACGUAAUAUUUAGGUAAUAAUGGUAUUUAAAUAUGAGUAUUAUACAAAAUUCAAAUACAUGUUUUAUUUUCUAAAUUAUAAUUUAUACAGAGCAUUGAUUAUUCAUAUUUUAAAAUUUAGGAUCAAUGUUACUAAUUUUCUGUGAAUGCAUAUUGAAAAGUAAAGUAUGUUCUACUUUUUUUUACUCAAUCUUAAGAAUAUAAUUAAAUGAUCUCUCAGAUUUCUUUCUGAGUUAAAGCAAUGAUCUUAUUUUUUUACAUCGCCAAGUAACAUGGUGAAUCAUUGAUGAUACAUAAGAGAGUGCAAUGUAAAUAGUUUUAUACAAAGAGUGCUAAAUCAUAAAUUAAAUUGAAAAAUAUA